GUUUAAUGUAAAACAGCUACCUCGCAUAAUUGGAUUGUAAGCUAUUAUCCUUAUCAAUUACAUAGAAAUCUAAGAGCAAGUUGUCCAAAUGGCCUACCAGUAACCACAGGAAGGUUAAUGGAAUAAAGAAUAUGAUAAAAAUGAUUGCAUCAUUUAUUCUAAAUUAAAUCAUGUUGGACUCAAGAUGACCAGAACUGAACUUAAAUUGAAUGUAGAUCCAAAGAGGGCUAUGGAUGUCAUUUUCGAUAUGACCAGAAGAGCUGAAUUUGAUGAAAACUUCUUGGAAGUAAAUAAAUUGAAUAUUUUUUAGGGCAAAAUUGUAGAAAAAAUAGAUUAAAAUAAUGUUAUUUAUUAUGGAGCUGGUAAAUCUCCCAUCGUCUUAGUCGAUCCAAGAGACAUGGUUGCUCUUACGAGAAGAACCAUACUGAAAGAUGGAACUCACAUAGUUGUUUGUAAAUUUGCCAUAUAAAUGUUAGCUAAAUCUGUUUAACUGGAUUCUGUUCCUAAUAAGAAAAACUAUACUCGUUGUGAAAUCAUUAUUUCAGGAUUCUUGAUUAAAGAGAUCACUCCAGGAACUUGUCAAGUUGUGAUUAUUGCCAAUAUUGAUCCAAAAGGUAGUAUUCCAAAGAUGUUAAUCAACUCGGGAGUCUCUAUGCAAGCAGAUGCUGUAAAGAAGUUGAUGGAGAAAAUGAGAUAAAGAACUUUGAUGGAAUGAAUUUAAUAUUUACAUUUAUCAAAAUUUAGAUUGAUGCAUUCAAAAUAAACAUAU